AUGGUCUAUAUUUUUUCAGUAGGACAUUGGUCAGACUUUAAUUCACAAGUUGCCUCUAAUAAUGAUCUCAGCAGUUUGUUCAAACAGUUACCAGAAUUCCUUCUUUCGUCCAAGGCUGCGAGUACUCAGAAGAAAUAUAGAUAUGCCUUCAAUUCAUGGUGUAAGUGGACUAGUCAAUAUUCUUUUUCACCAUUGCCAGCAUCUCAUUUACAUAUUUCUUUAUAUUUAAUUCAUUUGUCUGAAACUGCAAAAUCGGUUUCAAAAUUAAAUGAUGCUUUUUACGCCAUAAAAUGGGCACAUAAAUUAGCUGGCGUUGCUGAUCCCAGUGAAAAUAAUCUAGUUGCAUCUGUUCUUGAAGGGGCUCAUAGAAAAAUAGGUCAUUCAGUUGUCAAAAAAGAACCUAUCACACCACAUAUUUUGAAAAAUAUUGUAUGUAAAUAUGCUAAUAAUACUUGUAAUUUAAAAGAUGUAAGAAUAGCAUGUAUGUGUUUAUUAGCCUAUGCUGGCUUUUUAAGAUUCUCCGAGUUAGCUAACUUGAGAAGGUCUGAUAUACAGUUUUCCCCUACUUACCUUACACUUCAUUUAGUCAAGAGUAAAACUGAUGUAUAUAGGGAAGGGAAAGAUGUUGUCAUUUCAAAAACAGGGAAUAUUACAUGCCCGGUAGAUGUACUUCAGCGUUAUCUAAAGUUAGCUGACAUUCCUGAAGAAUCGAAUGAUUUUAUUUUUAGAUCUAUUUGUUAUUGUAAAUCUUUGAAUAUAUACAAACUUAGAAAGAGUAGUCAUAUUUCUUACACCAGAGCCAGAGAGUUAUUGUUAUCUGCACUUGACAGCUUAGGUCUUGAUAAAAAACAGUUUGGCUUACAUAGUUUGAGGUCAGGAGGAGCUACUGCCGCGGCAGAAGCUGGAAUAGAUGACCGGUUGUUUAAGAAACACGGGAGAUGGAAAAGUGAUAAAGCCAAAGAUGGUUAUGUUAAAGAGAGUAUACUCAACAGAUUGUCAGUAUCUAAGAAUUUAGGCUUGUAA